CACCGGCCUGGAGGGGUCCUGCUGCCCCCUGCCUGGCCCCGGCUCAUCCCGUGCCGCUCCUGCAGCCUGCCGGCACAUCAGAAGGUGGCCUUGCCAGCUCUGUCCCCCACGAUGCAGAUGGGCACCAUUGCACGCUGGGAAAAGAAGGAGGGUGACAAGAUCGGUGAAGGGGAGCUCAUAGCAGAGGUGGAGACAGACAAAGCAACAGUUGGCUUUGAGAGCCUAGAAGAAUGCUACUUGGCCAAGAUCCUGGUGCCAGAAGGAACAAGAGAUGUUCCUAUUGGGGCCAUAAUAUGUAUCACAGUAGAAAAGCCUGAAUAUAUUGAUGCCUUUAAAAAUUAUACUCUAGAUUCUGCAGCAUCUGCCCCUGCUGCAGCCUCAGUGCCUCCCCCUCAAGCUGCAGCUCCCUCACCACCAACCCAACCUUCUCCUCAGGCUCCUGGCAGCUCUUAUCCUCCUCAUAUGCAGAUCACUCUCCCUGCCCUGUCACCUACCAUGACAAUGGGCACAGUGCAGAGAUGGGAGAAGAAGGUCGGGGAGAAACUGAAUGAGGGAGACUUACUGGCAGAAAUUGAGACAGAUAAAGCCACAAUAGGCUUUGAAGUGCAAGAGGAAGGCUACUUGGCAAAAAUCUUGGUGCCUGAAGGAACAAGAGAUGUGCCAUUAGGAACAGCUCUCUGCAUCAUUGUGGAGAAAGAGUCUGAUAUUCCAGCGUUUGCUGACUACCAAGACACUGCAGUAACUGACAUGAAGGCACAAGCUCCUCCUCCUCCUCCUCCACUAGUGGUGGCAACUCCUGCUGCUGCUCCUCCUCCCCAGCCUGCUGUUCCUUCCACUCCAGCAGUCCCCACAUCUGGGCCACCUCCCCGGAAAGGAAGGAUCGUGGUUAGUCCCCUGGCAAAGAAAAUGGCAGCAGAAAAAGGAAUCGACCUUGCCCAAGUGAAAGGUACUGGACCAGAUGGGAGAAUCACAAAGAAAGAUGUGGAGUCAUUUGUGCCACCAAAGGUUGCUCCAGCUCCAGCACUAGAGGCAGUUCCUGCAGCUGCUGCAGUUGCAGCAGCACCAGUGGGGACCUUCACAGAUAUCCCUAUCAGCAACAUUCGGAGGGUCAUUGCUCAGCGGUUAAUGCAGUCUAAACAAACAAUACCUCACUACUACCUUUCUAUUGAUGUAAACAUGGGAGAAGUACUGGUGCUAAGGAAGGAACUCAAUCAGGAGGCCUCGGAUAACAUUAAGCUUUCUGUCAAUGACUUCAUAAUUAAAGCUUCUGCUCUGGCAUGCUUGAAGGUGCCUGAGGCAAAUUCUUCAUGGAUGGAUACAGUUAUUAGGCAAAAUCAUGUAGUGGAUGUUAGCGUUGCAGUUAGUACUCCUGCAGGGCUUAUAACCCCUAUUGUGUUUAAUGCACAUAUAAAGGGCCUGGCUGCCAUUAGUAAGGAUGUGGUUUCCUUGGCAACUAAAGCCCGAGAAGGUAAACUUCAGCCUCAUGAAUUCCAGGGUGGUACUUUCACAAUUUCCAAUUUAGGAAUGUAUGGGAUUAAGAAUUUCUCUGCCAUAAUCAAUCCACCUCAAGCCUGCAUCCUUGCAGUUGGUUCCUCGGAGAAAAGGCUAGUGCCAGCUGAUAAUGAGAAAGGAUUUGAUGUGGCCAGUGUGAUGUCUGUUACACUUAGCUGUGAUCAUCGUGUUGUAGAUGGAGCAGUUGGAGCACAGUGGCUUGCUGAAUUCAAGAAUUUCCUUGAAAAGCCAGUAACCAUGCUACUAUAAUUUAACCAUGCAAGCAAAAUUUUCCUGGGUCACACGGUUUUGUUUUAAACAAGCUAUUUAGACUUCAGUGUUCAGACUUAUUAAAAGACUUCCUUUUUUAUUUUAAAUAUGUAUUAUAUUAUCUGGUAAUCUUAUUACCAGUUGUACAGAAAAA